UUUCUUUUCAGCUAAAUGAUGGUAAAGGAGAUUUAAUGCUGGGAGGUUCUGUUUGCACACAACAGCGAAAAUCCAGAUUUGCUGCAACAACGGAUUAUUUGUCAACUUAUCUUGUGAUUAUAGUCAAUAGACCCAAAGAUCCUCACUACCAAAUGGAUUGGUCAAGCUGCAUGGAAAAACAUCACUCAUGGAUUAUUCAGCUUCGCCCGAUAUUCAACAAGAAUCCAUAUCCUCUCUUGGUUAUUCAGCAUUUUGAUCCUUCGAAGUUCCUAUGAAGGUUCGAUAUUUCGUUUCAUGCAUUCAAGACCUCGCAAACCAGUGCCCAAUGACUUGGAAGGAGCAAUCGCAGCUGAAUACACAUUCAUAGCUAGAACAUCAUAUCGCAGUGUAUUGAAGCCUUUUGCUGAAUUACUACCAAUGAAGUUGUUAUUCGUUAAUGUUUCAUUUUUGGAGAUUUUCGAUGAGUUCGAUAGGCAUCAGGGAAAGUUUGCCUUGUUAACUCUAGCUGAACCAUUGAUUGAGCAUAAGGAUGACCCAACACGAUAUCAGCGGUAUAUUUCGAUCAAAAAGCCAGUACUUUAUAAUAUAAUUUGCAUUUAUAUGCCAAAAUUUUCAUUUCUUACCGAAGUCCUUAAUAAAAGGAUUAAACAAAUGAUUGAUUAUGGACAUUUGAAGAAAAUCUACGACAAGGUGGUUGGUGAUAAUAUUAAAAAGAAAGACUCAGUUCAUCGAUAUAGAGAAGUCGAUAAUGUGAUGUCAUUGCAACAAAUUAUGGGUGCAUUUCAAUUGUUGUUGGUGUUAGAAGGAUUAGCUGGAGGUUUGUUCCUGAUGGAAGUUAUGACAGCUAAUAGCGAAGGAAUACAACAGUUCAUGGAUUUUUUUCAUUGAAAUUUAUAGUUAUCUGUGUAAACGUUAUUAGCGGUUUAUUAAAAAAUUGUAUGUAGUUUAAAAUUCGGAAAGUUAAAGCCUUUGUAAUAAUAUUUUUGAACUCUUUAAUAACACUGGUCUGCAAAAUGUA